AUGGAGGAAUCAGAACUAAAUCAAGGAACCCCAAGUAAGCAAAAAGCUCGGAGCAACGAAUAUGGCAACAAAUCUGCUCAUAUCAUAGGCAGUGAUUCAUGGCUACAAGUUGGGGUGAUGUUGACAACAAGCUUCAAUUGUGGGUACAUAUUGAGCUUUUCAAAUCUUCAAUUUGUGCCUUUAGGUUGGACAUGGGGUAUCAUAUGCCUGCUGUUUUUUGGGGUCUAUACUUUUUAUACUCACUGGCUUAUUGCUGGUUUUCACAUCAUCAAAGGCCAAAGGUUUAUCAGAUUCAGAGAUCUCAUGGGCUAUACAUGUGGGAGUGAAAUGUAUUAUGUCACCUUCUUCCUCCAAUACUUGGUCAUUAUUCUUACAAACAUGGGUUUCAUUCUCCUUGGGGGAAGAGCGCUCAAGGCGAUAAACGAUGAAUACAGCGAUAACCCUUGGAGGCUCCAAUACUAUAUCGUUCUCACUGGAGUAGCCUUCUUCAUUUUUGCAUUCUGCGUUCCUACAAUGUCUGAAAUGGGAAUUUGGCUCAUCCCCUCUACAAUUGUCACCUUUUGUUAUGUUAUCACACUCUUGGUGGUAGUAAUCAACGAUGGGAAAGAUAACACAAACCAUGAUUACCAUGUCUCUGGAAACCAAGAAGAUAGGGUCUUCCAAGCCUUUAAUGCAAUCUCAGCAAUUGUUGUGUGCAGUAGUUCAGGCUUACUACCAGAAAUACAGUCAACUCUCCAAAAGCCUGAAGUGUCAAAUAUGAGGAAGGCUCUCUCUAUGCAGUAUACUGUGGGCAUCGUAUUUUACUAUGGAGUUAGCAUAUCAGGAUACUGGGCAUAUGGCUCAAGUGUAUCUGAUUACCUCCCCGAUCAGCUGAGCGGUCCUAGAUGGGUUAAGGUUCUCAUAAACACUGCCGUUUUUCUACAAUCCAUAGUCUCCCAACAUACAUUUGUUAUGCCAAUUCAUGAGGCCCUUGAUACCUAUUUCCUCCAAAUGGAUAAGAGCAUGAACUCACUGGAAAAUCACAAGAGGAGAUUCUACCUUCGAUUCCUCCUCUUUGCAGGAAAUACAUUCGUGGCAGCAGCUCUUCCUUUCAUGUCGGACUUUGUAAACUUGUUUGGAGCAUUAGCACUCAUUCCUCUAACUCUCGUGUUCCCAAGUUUGAUUUUUGUUAAUGUCAAGGGAAAGACAGCUAGACUAGGAGAGAACUUAUGGCAUUGGUUCAACAUUAUUACUUUUUCUCUCCUAGCAAUUGUUGCCACAAUUGCUGCAUUUAGAUUGAUAGUCAAUAGUGUACAAUAUACUUUCUGCAACAUUGUACAUAGCAUAAGUAGAGUGAUUGCUGGAAGUUCACUAUUUAAAAGAGAAAAAAAACGGUAA